AUGCCAGAGUGGAAGGAAAAGCAUAAGCAGGAGUUAGAAGACAUGAGAAAAGCUGGACAUGAAGCUUUGAGUAUUAUUGUUGAAGAAUUCAAGGCACUGCUACAAUCUACAGUUCAACAGCAAGGAGCAGCUGUUGAAAAACAGUAUAUACUAGCAAUUGAAAAACAUUCUCACAAAUGUGAAGAACUUCUUAAUGCUCAGCAUCAGAGACUUCUCAACAUUUUGGAAGCAGAAAAGGAUGUGUUAUCAGAAAAGAUAGAAGCAGCUUUGAUGCAGCAGUCUAAAAAACACAAGGAAGUGCUUGACAAAUGUUUGGAUGAAGAAAGGCAAAGAAGUAAGGAAGCUGUGGCAGCUGCUGCAAAGGCUGAAAAAGAAGUAGUACGGGAGGCUGUUCUGAAAGCAGUAGAGGAAGAGAGGAAAAAUAUGGAGAAGAUUCAUGCAGAAGAAAGAAAAAUGUGGGAAGCAGAACGUGACAGACAUAAAGAGAAUAUUGCCCAGGCUGUGAGGGAAGCCAUGGAAGAGCAAAGAAAGCAUAAUCAAGAAAUUGUCAAGGAAGCAUUAAUGGAAGAGCAAAAACGAAACGAAAAGGCAGUCGAAGAAGCAGUGAAAAGGACAAGAGAGGAACUGAUGGAAUAUAUUAAAGAGCAGAAGAGGCUUGAUCAAGUUGUUCGUCAGAGAAACCUGUAUAGUUUGGAACUUUUCCUCUCAUGUGCACAGAAACAGUUAAGCGUUUUAUUAAAGGAAGAGCCAACCACUACAGAGGAAAACAGAGAGACUGACAUUCUCAGUACCGCUGAUACAGUGUGA